GUGCACACGGUAGGCAGCAAGCAAGUACUUAAAUAUAUGCUGCAAGGUGGUGUUCGUCGUCCUUCAGCCAAACUCUCAACAACUUACUUAUAUAUAUCUAGACUAGAUAUAUAUAUAACUCGAUCUGGUACUACCAUAUAUAUAUGAGAAGCUACUAGCUAGCUAGCUAGAGUCUGAAAGAAUUGAGCUGCUAGCUUGGGAUAGAGCGAGGUGAAGGCUGCAUACCGGGGAGAGAGGCAGCAGGGAGAAUGAGAGGGUUUGAGAGAAAAGGGGUCCGGCAGUACAACCGAUCAGAGGUGCCGCGGAUGCGGUGGACGGAGGAGCUGCACCGGCAGUUCGUCGAGGCCGUCGAGUGCCUCGGUGGCCAGGACGAAGCAACUCCGAAGCGAAUUCUUCAGUUGAUGGGCGUGAAGGGAGUUAGCAUAUCUCAUAUCAAGAGUCAUCUUCAGAUGUACAGAAGCUCCAGCUCCAGCAGCAGCAGCAGUACUCAUCAGUCCAGCCUCCAGAAGUUGACAUCGUCAACCGCGGCGAGCAACAGCAAGCGCGUGUUCUUGAGCCGUGAAGAUCACUGCGCUUAUGCGUCACAGGAUGGCAACACUCCAGCUCCAUCAGACAAGAACAUUUAUACCACCAUGCUCCGUGGUUGCAGCCACUCAUCACCAUACCAAAUACCGCCGUCGCUAGAGGAAGUGUUCAGAAGCUGCUGGGAACAAAGAAGAGGGCGUGCUCCUUGGAACUCCAACGUGCUAACAACAGAGAAGGCGAUUAGGCCAGGUCACACUAAUAAUAAGAAGCCCGCCGAGAAGCAGCACACGGGAUGCGACCUCACGCUGUCGAUCGGCCUGUGGGAGGACGCGAGCAGCGACGACGCAGACGGCUCGAGCUCCAUCAGCGAGGAGCUGCUGCUGCCUGCUCCGGCAGCAGGCGCUCGCCGCGUCGCCGCCGCCGUGAAGGAGGAGGAGAGCAAGCCGGCGGCUCUGAACCUGGACCUGACCAUCUCGUCGUCUUGGCUGGCCUGAGUCUGACGACGCCGCCGGCGGCCGGCUGGCGGCGCUGUGCGUGACCGGCACACGUACGUACAGUUCCGUACGUACGCUCGUGUACAGUUAUACGGACUCAUGCAUGCAGAGCAGCAGACUGUGUGAUCAGGCCUUCAGUACUAGACUGUAUAUGGCGUGGCAGUAGUCUUGCUAGAUAGGUCGCUCGGAUUUUCGUGUCCUGCCCUUGUUAGCCACUCCGUUUUAGUCUCUUCUCUUCUUUUUUAUUUUUUAGAUUUGUAUAACAUUUUCGGGUCCAUUCGAUUAGGAACCGGGCUUCAGACGACGGUGGGUGAGGAAUUUCUGCAGUCUUUUUUCUUUGUCUGGGGAGAAGGCGCUGUAUUCCUCACCUGUCAUCGUCUGAAAUGUUCUAUUUCUGAUCGAUUGUCUAGACUCUUAGAAAAGGAGCAUGAAUAUACUUAUGUUAUUAGUGCUAGCAGCUAUA